GCACCCUUGGUCUCCUGAGUUUGUGUUGUGUAACGCUAAAGGGAAACUGGAAUCGGCUGCGGUUACUGUACAUCACCAUUUUACAAAAUGGCAAUGAAAUUGGUAUACUGGGAUAUACGAGGGCUUGCUCAACCUAUCCGUCUGCUGUUGGAAUACACCGGUACCAAAUAUGAGGAAAAGUUGUAUUCAUGUGGUGAAGCUCCCAACUAUGACAGAAGCUGUUGGUUAAAUGAUAAAAGUAAACUCAAGAUGGACUUUCCAAAUUUGCCCUACCUAGAGGAUGGAGACAGAAAGAUAGUGCAGAGCAAUGCCAUAAUGAGAUACAUCGCUCGCAAACACAACCUCUGUGGGGAAACUGAAGAAGAACAGAUAAGAGUUGACAUUUUGGAAAAUCAGGCGAUGGACUUCCGCAAUGGAUUUGUCCAGCUCUGCUACUUUGACUUUGACAAAAACAAAUCCAGUUACUGUGAGAAACUGCCAGGAACUCUAAAGCAGUUCUCUGACUUCCUUGGUGACAGGAAGUGGUUUGCUGGGGACAAGAUCACAUUUGUGGAUUUCAUCAUGUAUGAGUUGUUGGAUCAGCAUCGCAUGUUCGAGCCAGCAUGCCUGGAUGACUUCAAAAAUCUUAGAUGUUUCCUGGAUCACUUUGAGAAUCUUGAGAAGAUUGCAGAAUACAUGAAGUCAAACAGGUUCAUGAAAACACCUGUGAACAGCAAGAUGGCCAAAUGGGGAAACAAGAAAGAGUGAAACCAACAAGAUCAGGGGUCCGUUCUUCAUACAUGGAUCAUUCAGUUGGCUGGAUUUGAUUGUUGAUGAUUUUACACAAUAUGGGAUAGUUUCUUUAUUCAAAACUCAUCCAGGAGUUGUUGGCAUAGCAGCAGUUCUGAUAGACCUGAUCCAAAUAAUUUAAAAUAAUUAUGUCUUAUCCACUGUAUUAAGAAACUAUUUUUUUGGCUCCAUAUGUAAAACUUAAUUUCUAAAAUCUUGACACAUGGCUGCUGUGCUGCCAGCCAAUAACUUCAUUGCUGGUCAUGUUUUUGAGGAUUAAUGAAUCAGUUCUUCACAACAAACAUGAACACUUGCAGCAAUCUCAGAUUAAUUCAUCCUAAUAUUGUAACCUUAUCGACAAACUUGUUUAAAUAACCAAAUUAUCCCGAAAUCAGUUAUCAAGAUUAAAAGGGCCAGAAUCUGCCAAAUCUUCUCAGUUUAAGCGAGGUAUGAACGGACCCCUAGACCACUGUUUUAAAGCAUUCCAAUAGACAAGCAGUUUGUUAAAUGGACAUCCCAGUGAUAGUUGACAUUAGUGUAGAUCAGAAAAGCAUAAUGCAACAGUCUGAAUUCUCAGUGGUCGUCUAUAGAAAUAAUGACAUUGAAAAGCACUUCUGUUUAGGUUGUCUGUGUUCAGGUGAGUGUUGCACUGUGAUUUUUCAAAUUGAUUCCAUGAAAAGAAAAGAAGCAUUUUAUUGUUAGACUUCGAUUUAGAUUGUUGAUUUACAUUUUCUGAAUUGUUAACAAAGCAUUAAAUGCAGUACCUUAUUUUGACUAAAUAAAGAGCACAGAUUUGUUCCAUGCA